UUGAUUUCCAAGUCGGUUCGAGAGUUGAGCCGCGAAGGUUAAGUCCUCGUUGUUGUUGCCGCCGCACAUCGUCAUGAAGUCAUGGUUUUGGACGCCCCGAAUAGCAGGUCCGUUUGAAAUAUCUUGAACUCCGAACACCGCACAAGGCAAUCAAUUUCCAGGCACCGUUUUACCCCAUUCUGAUAAACUUUCGGGGUAGAUUAACCGACUCAUUGCAUUGUAUCAGCUUGCAGAGUACGUCCCCCCUACGCAGUACAAUUUUCUGAUCUUGCUUUAGCGUUCUCACCCCUUGCCCACGCCAUCAUGCGAGACCACUACAAUCCCUUCAUCGGGCAAUCAAGCCCAGAGAAUGCAGAUUACCGACUGCCGAAGAAUGUCAAGCCGACUCAUUACGACCUGCAUCUCGAGCCUGAUCUGGAGAACGGCUCGUUUGGCGGGUCGGUUGUCAUUCAUUUCGAUGUUCUCCAAGACACCAAAUUCAUCCUUUUAAACUCCGACGAGAUCAAGAUACUCACCACGGUGCUUGUUCAGUCUUCCGGCAAAUCAAUCAAGAUCGAAAGAGUCCACUACCAUGAACUCCAGCAAACAAUUAUGAUUCCCCUCCCCGAGUCAAUCCCGGCGGGCUCGAAGAUUCGGAUCCGUCAGACAUUCAAAGGUCGUUUGAAUUCUUCCAAGAAGAUGUCCGGCUUCAACAGGAGUAGGUACGUAGGACGUGAUGGAAAGCCAAAAUGGUUUGGCUCCACACAAGGUCAGCCAACUGGUAUCCGUCAGAUCUUCCCUUGCGCAGAUGAGCCCGGCUUGAAAGCGACGUUUUCCUCAACCCUGAUUGUAGACCAAGGUCUUACUGCUCUCAGUAACAUGGACAUUGCCUCGGAGGAAGAGAUCAGUAGCGACAAGAAGAAAAUCGUGUUCAACAAAACCCCCCCGAUGUCUACAUACCUGGUUGCUUUCGUUGUGGGAGAGCUCAACUACAUUGAAUCCAAUGACUACAGGGUCCCAGUCAGAAUCUAUGCAACCCCAGAUCGAGACAUCAAACAGGGAGCCUUCUGCCUGGAUGCUGGAGCACGCGCAAUGGUAUCCCAUGAGGAGACCUUUGGUUCGCCUUAUCCGCUUCCCAAGCUAGACAUGGUGGCUGUUCCUGGUCAUUCUGGAGCAAUGGAAAACUGGGGCUGUGUCAUAUACGGCGAACAAUAUCUGGUCUCCGACGAAUCCGAUGCUUCGGCAAAGGAUAAUCUGUCGAAAGCUUAUGUCGUUACUCACGAGCUAGCCCAUCAAUGGUUUGGCAACAUCGUGACAGCGUCUUGGUGGGACUCUAUCUGGUUGAAUGAGUCUUUCGCAGACUGGGCUACAUACAAUGCAGUCACGCACAUCUGGCCGGAAUGGGAGCCGUGGUCGGAGUUUGUGGCUGGACAUCCGAACGGAGGUUUGAAUGCUUACCAAGCUGCGCUGGCUUUGGAUUCUAAUCGCGGGAGCCAUCCGAUUGAGGUCCCUGUCAAUACACCUUCAGAAAUCUCCCAGAUCUUCGACUCGAUUACUUAUGCGAAGGGAUGCACAAUCUUAAGAAUGUUAUCGGAAUUUCUAGGCGUAGAAGUAUUCAUCGAAGGUGUGCGGCUUCAUCUCAAGAGACACGCGUUUGGGAACGCGACUACGAAUGAUCUAUGGGACUCUCUCGGCACUGUGAGUGGCCAGGACGUUCAAAAGAUCAUCUCAAUAUGGACGCAGAAAGUUGGAUACCCUGUUCUCUCAAUCAUUGAGGACGAAGAAUCAAAAACUAUCGAGAUCUCCCAACAUCGGUUCCUCCAAUCUGGCAAGGUUCCCCCUGAAGCUGACAGAGUCCUCUAUCCUGUCUAUCUCAAGACCAAGACCCAGCAAGGCAUUGACCAGAAGUCCCAACUCUCGUCUCGCGAAAACACGUUUCCGGUUGAUCUCAAAUUCUACAAACUCAACGCAGGCCAAACAGGUUUGUACCGCAUCUCGUAUCCUCUCUCUCGCUGGAAAAAUCUUGGUCAACAGCUCUACUCCUCUGGCCUCCUCUCCUCAAUUGAUCGAGUUGGUCUCAUUUCCGACCUUCGCGCCAUCGCAACAGCCGGCCAAACAGAAAUUCACACCUCGCACCUCUUCGGGUUCCUCUCUCAUUUUAAGAAUGAAAGAAAUUAUUUUGUUUGGCGCCAGAUACUCGUCUGUCUGCAAGAUGUCUACGGAGCAUGGCUCUUCGAAGAUUCUUCCACUCUCGCUGCAUUGAAAAGAUUUCAAGCAGACCUAAUGUCUAAGGUUUUGGGCGGCUUGGGCCAAGACCUGUGGAGCUUCAAGCCAGGCGAGAGUUACAAAGAACAGAGUUUCAAAGCUGUCCUGUUCGGGAAUGCUGCGGGCUAUGAAAUUGUGAAACUCACCGCUUCGUACCUUUUCGACCAGUUCAUGGAUGGCGAUACCAAGGCCGUGAACCCGAACAUCAGACAAGCAGUGUUUAGAAUAGUGCUUUCUGACCCCAAAUUGUCGGACAACGACGACAACUACAAUAAGCUCCUUCACGUCUUCCGCACGACCUCCAGCCUAGGAACCCGCUCAGAUGUUAUCAAAGCUCUCGGCCACGCAACUUGUCCUACCCUAGUGCAAAAGACUCUCGACUUCGCCAAUUCCACCGAAGUCCAGAGCACGACCGACAGGAACGCAAUCUUCUCCGCGCUUUCCGCACAUCAAAAUGGCAUCGACGCCCUCUGGAAAUACCUAACAGGUAAUUGGGACGAGAUUGUUGGCGAGAGAGGCGGUAUUAUGGGUGGGAGGUUUGUGGGGUUUUGUGUGGAGGGCUUCACGAGGGAAGGCCAGCUGAAAAAGGUUGAGGAUUUUCUGAGAAGGCAGAAGGGGAAUGGUGUGGAGAAGUUCGAGAAGUUUUUGGAGCAGAGUUUGGAUGCUGUGAGGGCGAAGGUUGGGUGGGUUGAGAGGGACCGGAAGGAGGUGAGAGAGUGGUUGAGGGCGAAUGGGUAUUACGAAGAUGACUCUUAGAUAGGAAAGAAGAGGGCAUCUUUGAUUCAUUUUUUGGCAUGUUCUUACAAGCACAAUACAGAAGGAAAGUGAUGUUUGUUAUCUUCCAGGUGUGAAGCACGUGAUUAGCGAGAAGCCCCUAUAAAUUUCGGGAGAGACACCCUAAAGGAGUCCAGGGUCCAUCCUGAAAGGAGAUGCCCUGAGCUGAAUCAAUACAGAAUGAAG